GAUGUCGUGCGAUGUGGACGCAGAUCAACUACAAGAGUUGUUUUGGUCUUCGCCAUCUUCCCUGUCGGAGAUGGUUCUUCUAGAUGAGCCGCAAGAAAGUCCACCAUCACCAGCGAAGCCAAGCGACGCAUUGAGCACAUUGAGGGCCCAGCUAAAAACUGCAACCGGCAAUACCACAGCCCUGAUGCAACAAAUAGCUGCGCGCGAGAUGUACAAAGCGGGUGGGAGACUAGGAACACGCGCGCAGAAGUAUGUGGAAGAAGGUGAAGGGCUGGGAGACGAGAGCGUCCAAUACAACAUCAAUUACGAAGCAACUACAGCAUGUGAACAUGAAGAUGACGAGGAAUAUUUCAACAGCAGCUGGUACUAUCAUCAAGAGCCCCGUCACGGUGGCGUCUCCUACUAUGAUGAAGAAGACGGUGACGGUCAAGGGAAGGGCACCGGCAGCGAAGAAAAUCUUCAUAGUUUUUGCGAAGACGAGCUCGAGCACGAGAACAGUUCGGGAUCUUCUCCUCCUGCUGAAGCUGACGACGAACGUGCCGCGCACAAUAUCACUCGCGAAGUACACCGAGAGAACGAGGACUUCCGUACUAAGGAUUCCUACUUUCAAGAUCUUUCUAAUAGUAAUAGUGACAAGCCGCGCAGCGGCGAAGUAGAGAAGAAGAACGACAAUGGUCCUCACAGUUCUUCUUCAAGUUCUCUCCAAGUCGAGCAGCACGAACUAGGAGCAAAGGAAACGGAAAUGGAACCAAUCGAUAUGUGGUAUGCUGAGGAUGAGGAUAGGAGAAGAAAAAGUUGUCCUGCUGCCUUCAGUGGAUUGGAACGACGAGAGGUUGGGGAAGCUGUAGAAGACGGUGAAAUUAUGCAGUCGGAGGUUCCUGCACAGAGUAGUACUACACGCGAGGAGUUCCUUCAUGUGCAUCAGGGAUAUGAACAAAGGCACCUGCUAGGCGGUGCACACAAAAGUCACAGGCGAAGCACAUCAUGCUCAGGCGACCUGGUCUUAGUGCCAUAUGGUACCCUAUGCGGUAGCGGCAACACAUGUUGGUCAGUGUUCUCAAGCGUCGACACGGCAAAGGAUGAGAGAGGAGUAGACACGGAGGUAGGUCAACAUCAGCAUACCUUUCAUCAGGAGGAUGAAAUGAAAGAACGUUCUAGUCAAAAUUAUGAUACCUAUGAGGUUGAUGAGGCUGGCACGCUGGAGCAAGCUCGGAGUAAAAAAGAAGCUCUUGAGCUGCAAGCAGCUGCAAAACAGAAUGAGCGUCCCGUAUUCGUAUUGUCGACUCUUGCUCCUGAUCAUGGGGUGACUAACAUGUUGCGUCAGGAUGUGGAAACCCGAUCUGGAACCGGCGCCACCCAAGAUCAAAUAGUUGGACACCACAACUUCUACACAAAACCUCCAAAAGGACGACCAGAUCGACCAGAUGACUUCUAUGGCGAUUAUGGGGGAGCAAUCUUAAGGACCAGCGCGGUUUGGCGUCGACGUCGUCAAAGAAGGAUAUGUAGAUCCAGAUCACGUUCCAGGUCGUCCCAGUCUCGCUCCUCAGCCGGCUCGUACAGCAGUCGCGGAAGUAGUUGUAGUGGAAGUUGUUCGUCUUGCUACUCGUACUCCUCUGGUUCAAGAUCGCAGCGACGAGAUAAGGACUCAUCUCUAUCUGAUAAAAGCAAGGGAAGCGUGGUCCUUCGCCAUGGUGAUCGCGAUGGUCGUGAAAAGCGUUUGCUAGAUGAGGCGCGUCUUCAAGCUGCAGGGACGACCAAGGGUCGUGAUGAGAGACAGAUACUAAACAAGUAGCAGGCGUACUGCGGCUACUGAUGCUGAUCUCGUUUUGAUAUUGUUCUACUGCUUCUAUCAUUUUACUAGCCGAACCAACCAGAAGCACAACUUAUGUAGGAAGAAGAGUAGAGCAACCUAUUGCUCAUGUUUACGCAAAUUGAUUUUGAUAUUGAAGCUAAGUAUUUUGAAGAAGGUCUCGCACUAAAAUCUUCCAUAUGAUAUAAGGAUAAGAAAGAAACAAAUUGUAUCAGUAGUAGAUGAAGUUGAAGACCACGAGAAUUAGCCUUUUAUUUUUGAUCAUCCGAAUUCAACAAUACUGGGUGUUUGAUUUGAUUGUCCUUUUUUCUACUUUGUGUUUGUUCAUCUGCUAAAUUACAAAAGUCGUGGAAGCUCAACAACAACAACCAGUACGAGCUGAAGCUCUUUUUAGUCUUAUACUGGUUUCCAAGAAAAAACAGAACUCCUACUUUUCUGAGAUUUAUUGUUGAUAGACGGCUCGAAGUGCUGGAGAUGCACUAGCCUCAAGUACAGUUACCUGCAAAGAUGAACAAGAACAGCCUAUAGAUACGUAUACAGUACAGUCCUGUCUCUGUAAAGUGUAAAAUCAAGUCUAUUAAAUUUUGUUGCUUGUAAAAAAGAUUGAUUUUCGUAGUUCGUUGAUAGGACUCGUCGGAUUUGGUAUUUUUACUGAAUCUGAUGAAGUAGAAUAGUCAAUAAUUCUCUCGAAAGCCAUGAGCAAAA